GGAGGUGCUCGAGUGGCUGCUCGGCCGUGACCAAGGCGAUGUUGACGGCCACAAGCAUGGGAUCAUGGAGGCGGCAGCGCAUGGCGGCCAAGUUGCCGUCUGCAAGUGGGGGCUGUCGCGCUGGUUCGAUGGGCCGCCUAGCGCUGACGACAACGAGGACAUGUACAUGUGCUCGCAGGACGUGAUUGCGGGCGCGGCCCGAUUCGGACACAUUGAGAUCCUCGAGCUUAUGCUGUCGCGCGGCGACGACUGCGGGGAGUGUACGAUGUGGGCCGCUAGAUGCUCCCAACUGGAGGUGCUCAAGUGGGCACAUGCCAAGGGAUUGCCGUGGUCCUCCGAUGUUUGCAAAGAUCUCGCCACGGAGGGCUCCCUGGAGGCGCUUCAGUUUGUGCGCAGCGUCGGCUGCCCAUGGGGGUCGAACCCGCUGGAACGCUGCGAGGACGACACUGUCUCGAAGUGGGCUCUGGACAACGGAGCGCCGCCACAGACACGCGAGUCCGACUCCGAUGAGGAGGAGGAGUACUACGACGAAUCUGAGGGCGAAGAGGGGCUUGAUGAUUGGUAUUGAAAUCUGGCGCGCUCGUGAUCCGUUCUCAUGUGCAUGUGCACACGACUGGCGUGGUUAGAGAUCACACGUAGGGGAAGGGCGUACCAACCCCAACGCGCGUGCUGGGCUGCCCGGGCCGCGGCCCGGGCGGCGGACCCGGGCG